AUGGUGAGAGAGGUGUCUUGCUGUGGGAUGCUGGCUCUAGGCAGGUGUCAGCUGUCAGGUGUGACCCAGUGUGUAGUGUACCGCAGAAUUAUACAGUAGGCGGAGUCAUGGCUGGAUCCCAUAAUAAUAGCCACGGAACAGAAGGCCACCUGCAGGACUGCUGCUUUCAGCACUGAGUGGGCCUGUCUCUGUCUCCUCUAAUCCCACCGCCACCACACACACACACACACACACACACACACACACACACACACACACACACACACACACACACACACACACACACACACACACACACACACACACACACAGACACACACACACACACACACACACACACACACACACACACACACACACACACACACACACACACACACACACACACACACACACACACACACACAGGUUCCCACCAGCUCCCCCAAACUGGCAGUUCUCUCUGCUGCAAAGAACACAGCCUACUACCACUAAGUGUAGCCAGACAGCCAAAUAUCAUAUCGGUGACUGUACUGGUCGAAAACAACACACUUACAGCUGCUGUGAGACUCCUACGGUCCAAAAUGAUGAUGAUUUUGUUUUUCCUUCAAAUGUCUGAGUAUCAUUAGCGGAACUGAACAGAAAUUUGGACACAUAGCUUAUAAAAAUCUGUUCGCUUGGCUAUAGUUUCAGUACAAGGUGUGAAGACAUAUUUCUCAUAUGAAGUAUGUGUUAUUGUAUCACUGUGUACUGACGUGUCUACUUCUCUCUCAUGUGCAGCUGAUCCCAUCGAUGUGCUGCGGGUGCUGGAGCUGUCGGACCACAUGGAGGGGGUGUCCAUGGAGGCUGGCCUCUGCACCAGCAGGAAGGACAUGGAGGAGACAGACAUGGCCUACAGGAUAGACAAGAAGAUCCAGCUCAGUGCACCCACCAAACAGCUCUUCCCAGGUAACAACAAUCUAUAGAGAUAUGUAAUGUAGUACACAUCCAAUGUGUCUGAGUCAUGGUGUAUGUGUGGUAAUUGCAGUGAAUCCUAAGCUUCACUAUAACACAACUGACCUGACUUUGCUCUCCCUCUUCUCCAUGGGCUUAGGUCUUAGGGUGUAGUAGCACAGGCCAUUAUUAUUAUUCAUUGAAGUUCAGAUGUGUGAUAUUGUUAUUUUGGGAGGGGCAGUGGGUCUUGCCAGAGUAGGAGUCCCCACGGUGGUGUGUUGCUACCUACUGUGUUCUCCACUGUAUGACUGACUGUAUGACUGACUGUAUGACUGACUGCAUGACUGACUGCAUGACUGACUGUAUGACUGACUGUAGGACUGACUGUAUGACUGACUGUAUGACUGACUGCAUGACUGACUGUAUGACUGACUGCAUGACUGACUGUAUGACUGACUGCAUGACUGACUGUAUGACUGACUGUAUGACUGACUGUAUGACUGACUGCAUGACUGACUUUAUGACUGACUGCAUGACUGACUGCAUGACUGACUGCAUGACUGACUGUAUGACUGACUGUAUGACUGACUGUAUGACUGACUGCAUGACUGACUGUAUGACUGACUGUAUGACUGACUGAAUGACAGACUGCAUGACUGACUGUAUGACUGACUGCAUGACUGACUGCAUGGGCUCCCGAGUGGCGCAGCGGUCUAAGGCACUGCAUCUCAGUGCUUGAGGCGUCACUACAGACCCCCUGGUUUGAUUCCAGGCUGUAUCACAACCGGCCGUGAUUGGGAGUCCCAUAGGGCGGCGCACAAUUGGCCCAGCGUCGUCCGGGUUUGGCCGGUGUAGGCCGUCAUUGUAAAUAAGAAUUUGUUCUUAACUGACUUGCCUAGUAAAAUUAAAAGCAUGACUGACUUGACAUUUUUUUCAUUGGAUACAGAUAUUGCAUAAUGUAUUUUUACAUAAAAACAGUGACAGCAGUAACAUUAUGUAACACAUCAGAGGACAACAGAGUAGAAAAGGUCAACCAUAUCAUCCACAACAAUUGUUCCUCCUCCCCUCCCCCAGACUCGCCGUUCCCUGUGGACUUCUCCCUGAUGACAACAGUGAGGGCAAAGAAGGACUCCCAGUUCUUCCUGUUGUCUGUGUAUGAUGAGCAGGGUGUACAGCAGCUGGGGCUGGAGGUGGGCCGCUCGCCUGUCUUCCUGUACGAAGACCACCAGGGACAGCCCUCCCCGGAGCUCUACCCUAUCUUCAAGAAGAUCAACCUGGCUGAUGGAAAGUGGGUACUAGUCCUGGCCUGAUGUCCUUGGCUCUUGACUGGGACGACUUCUCAAAACCCGAACCCUAUAGCCCCUGAUUUAUGAUUGACACACAUUGACAUUAUUAGACCCAAUAUGGUGGGUGAGAUUCACCUGCAUCAUGUCAUUUGGUUGGCCAUUGGGUAUCACCGUAACAUAUCAUCCCCUAUCAUGUGACCCUACCUGACCCAAAAUAUAGUUUCCUCAGUAUGUGAUCUCACUUGGCCCUACUUGACUGUGGCACACACAGCUCACACAAUGUGCUUGACCCUAAGUGACCCGGAGCCAUAGAGGAAAAACAUAGAUCACCUUAGUACCAUAGAGUUCUUGGCUCACAAUACAAGGUCAAUGGCUUGACUUGACCCUGUAAAAUACCACAGUGUGAUUCAAUGCAUUUGACCUUAGAAAACCCUUCCUCAGCAUACUGCAUACAGGUGGUGCCUCCUUUUAACUGAACCCAACUUGCCUUGCGGGGAAAAGAUACAUUCAACCUGACACUUCAUAUUGCUACACCUGCAGUAUAAAUAUAUCACUACUAACCCAACUCUACCUCUCUGUCUGUCCAGGUGGCACAGAAUAGCCUACAGUGUGGAGGGCAAGUCAGUCACCCUGUACCUGGACUGUGAGAAGGUGCAGACUCUGAAGUUACUGCGAGGGGACAACCCCCUGGUCAGUACAGAGGGGGUGACCGUGUUUGGAACACGACUACUGGACGAGGAGGUGUUUGAGGUAGGACACCACUGGUUAAUUCUGGUAUUGGAUCUGAGGAACAUCAACAUUAAUUGUUGGAACUUGUUUUAACUGGAUUCUUGGCAUGUUAAUGUAAUAUUCACUCACUCAUCUUCGCUCGCUCCUCGGAGCAUAGCGCCUCGACAAAUGGAUCUCCAUGCCGUCUUAUUCUAGGCCAGGUCCCAGGCUGAUUUGGUGUUGAGUCCCAGGUUGUGUAUGUCAUCCUCCAACUGGUCAGACUACCUGGUUCUCGGUCUUCCUCUUGGGCGUGGCCAGUUGGGGGAUGGUUCCUUGAGGAUAAGGGCAGGCUCCAGAGGUGGGUUUGAUCUGACCAGGUGACCGAACAGUCGGAGUCAGGAGGCUCUGACCAGGGAGGAGACGGGGUUGGUCCAUUAUUUGACGUAUUGUGGUCGCGCCAUGUGAUGCCCAGUAUGCGGCAGAGGCACUUGGAGUCAAAGGCAUCCAGAUGACGUGUGAGGUCCAGGGUGAGGGUCCAUGAUGUGUGAGGUCCAGGGUGAGGGUCCAUGAUGUGUGAGGUCCAGGGUGAGGGUCCAUGAUGUGCGAGGUCCAGGGUGAGGGUCCAUUAUGUGUGAGGUCCAGGGUGAGGGUCCAUGAUGUGCGAGGUCCAGGGUGAGGGUCCAUGAUGUUUGAGGUCCAGGGUGAGGGUCCAUGAUGUUUGAGGUCCAGGGUGAGGGUCCAUGACUCUGAUCCGUACAGGAUGGAAAUGACCAGGCUAUUGUAUAUGCUACGUUUUCAUUUCAGAGAGAGUUGUUUCCAGAUUAUGUUUAGGCUGGCCAUGGUUGAGGCUGCCCAGCCGAUGCGAAGGUGGAUGUCGGCGUUGCUCCUGCAGUCAGUCGUUUAUGUGCUACCAAGGUAGCAGAAUUUAGGAACAACGCCGACAUGGUGGAUGUUCACAACAGGGCUGGUUGGAGGUAGAUCGAAGUCGCUGAAGGACUGGAUCUUAGUUUUGUCCCAGCUGAUCAUGAGGCCGGAUGGGUGGGUCUCCUAAUUCAUGAUCUCAAGGGCAAGGUGUAUGAUGUCCAAGAGCUCGGCCAGGAUUGCCAUGUCGUCCCCAUAGUCCAGGUCAGUGAAGCUUCGGGUGACAGUCCUUCCCAUUACAAAGCUGUGUUAAAGAUGGUAGGUGCCAGAACACAGCCCUGUCUAAUGCCACUGUUGAUAUUAAAGGUGGGGGAGGUUUGGCCGUUGACCCGAACACAAGAGAUGUGAAGUGUUCCUGUAUAGCAGGGACAGCAGACCGGUCAGCUUCCUUGAAACGCCUAGGAUCCUAAGGAUCUUCCAGAGGGCUUCCCUGUCCACGCUGUCAAACGCCUGCUUUAGGUCAAUGUAGGUAACGUAUAGUGGUUUCCUGAACUCUCUUUUCUGCAAGAAGUCUGAGGUAGAAGACCCGGUCGGUAGGGGAGCGACCGAUGGUAAAUCCGCUUCGUUCACGGCACUGUUGUUGCAGAAGUAGGGGGCGUAUGCAUUUGAGGAGUAUAUGGGCGAGUGCUUUUCCUCAAACGCUGAGGAGUGUGAUGCCUCUGUAGUUGCUGCACUGGUCCUUGGGACCCUUCUUCCUGAAAGGUAGAAUGAGUCUUUGGGGGAUUGUCAUGUGGUGAAUAGGUGACUACGGUGGGCCCCCCAGAAGUUCUGGGGGGAUAUUGUCAGCACCUGCUGCUCGGCCUAGCUUCAGUUUCCCUAGGGCCUCCUCAAUCUCUGCCUCUGAGGGGGGCUCUGACAUGAUGGUGGAGUCUUCCACUGAGGAGGAGGCGAGCUCAUUUAGGAUUGGAGAGGGAGGUGGAGGAGGGCGGUUAAGGAGUGUGGAGAAGUGUUCAAUCCAGCGCACGAGUUGCUGUUCUGGGGUCUCUAACUCAGACCCAUUGAGCGCCUUUACUGACGCCGUGGGGGGGGUGUAGUCUUCCCAGUGAGAGUCCGGAGGGUUUUGUAAAAGGCUCCAUGGUUGCCUACCUUAGAGGCAGCCUUGGCUUCAUCAGCAAGGGUGUCAUGCCACUUCUGUUCUUCCCUUAUUCUUAUCUCGUAGGUCAAGACGGUCCAGGGUCAAGUCAUCAUGGUCCGUCCGAGUAGAAUUACGUUUUUGUGAAGGUUUCAUGGCAAUGCUUUUUUCCGUGGCGGGCCACUAGCCCAACACACAACCUCUCCAUGAAUUUAUAUACCGCCCUGCGAGGGCGGGCGGUGCAGGUGCUAUUAGCCGGCAGUGGCUCUUCAGUAGCUUGCUCUGGUUGUGGUAUCAAAAACUGGAGUCAUCUACACCAGUGGUUCCCAACCUUUUACGGUUACUGUACUACCAACUGAAUUUUGCUCUGCCCGGAUUACCCCUGAAGUACCCCCUCAUGUGCAUUUUACCAUUAAGUCUGUGGUCUCAUGAGUCUUCUCAAGUACCCCUGUGGAUAGGCCAUGUACCCCCAGAGGUCCUAGUACCCCUGGUUGGGAACCACUGAUCUACACUGAGUGUACAAAAUAUUAGGAACACCUGCUCUUUCCAUGACAUAGACUGACCAGGUGAAUCCAGGUGAAAGCUAUGAUCCCUUAUUGAUGUCACUUGUUAAAUCCACUUCAAUCAGUGUAGAUGAAGGGGAGGAGACAGGUUAAAUAAUGAUUUUUAAACCUUGAGAUAUUUGAGACAUGGAUUGUGUAUGCAUGCCAUUCAGAGGGUGAAUAGGCAAGACAAAAGAUUUAAGCGCCUUUGAACUGGGGGUAUGGUAGUAGGUGCCAGGCGCACCGGUUUGAGUGUGUCAAGAACUGCAACGCUGCUGAGUUUUUCACGCUCAACAGUUUCCCGUGUGUAUCAAGAAUAGUCUACCACCCAAAGGACAUCAAGCCAACUUGACACAACUGUGGGAAGCAUUGAAGUCAACAUGGGCCACCUUGUAGAGUUAAUGCCCCGACGAAUUGAGGCUGUUCUGAUGGAAAAAGGGGGUGCAACUCAAUAUUAGGAAGGUGUUCCUGAUGUUUUGUACACUCAGUGUAUAUGAGUCGUCACAUGGAGAAUACUGCGAGGAGGUUAGCACUCUAACUUAAACCCUAAUGCAAUAUACCUACUAUAAAUUAUUUUAUUGAGGCGUGAAUGAGAUGCUCUAAAGCCACAUGCUCUGCUCUGGCCCCAUAAUUUCUAUUGUGAUCAAAUACCAGGAAAUGACACUCAACAUUUGUAUUUGUAUGAGUGAGUUUGGAUGUUUUGGAGAGUGUGUGAUGUUAGAUGUGUUGACAUUUGAACGGACAGCUUUAUAUUUUGACGUUUCACAGUGUGUGUGAGUGUGAAUAUGUGUCAGUGAAUGUAUGAGUGUUAUUCAUGCCUGCUGAUUGGGAGGAUUGAUCUUGUUGGAAGAGGAAUUUCCCAGUCAUCAGUGUUUAUCCCUACGGCGACACCGUCAGGGCUGCUGUCCUCAUCAUUAUCCCUGAGUAGCUGGGGAGGGCAAAGGUCACAUAUUUAAUGAUGGCUGGGGUUGUUUGAGCUUGGUGAAAGUGUUUGGUGAACUGACAAUGUCAUUAUGGAACCGUAAAAUUGAAAUGGACACUGAACAGUGAGUUAUGAUGUGUAGGUAAAUAUGAUAAUAAUAUAAAGCGUGUGCGUGUGUGUGUGCGUGUGUGUGUGCGUGUGCGUCUGGGUGUGUGUGCCGUACAUGUGUGCUUACAAAUCACACAAUAAAAAGAUAAAUGAAUUCCAAGUAAAGCUCAUAUUCUUUUAUUUUCAUUUCCCUGACCCUGUUCCAUAAGUCAUUCUCAAUGUCUCUCCCAGGAUAGUGUGCAGGCCUAGUCCAUUGUCAUUCCAAUGCAGCUCCACUCUUAAUUCAGUAGCCUCCAGCAUAAAGAGAGCAGAGCAGAGAAGCAGUCCCUUCUCUCCUCAUGUCCGCAGGCCCUGAGACACAGAGGGGGAGAGUAGGAGGGGGUCACAGAGCACACCCCCUCCCAUCUCUCAGGCCCCUCAGGGUACCAUCCCAACCUUGCGCCCCCCCUUUGCAUACUUGAGACAUUGGAAAAGUACAGAGGAAGGGUUAUUAUCUGUCCCUAAUGGAUUAAUGUACAUUCACUUCAGUCCUCUCAGCUUUCAGCCUCUCAGAACCAGAUGUCCCCUGAUGUUGUCACGUAGACAAUAAUUAUACAAUCUCCCCCUAAUGGCUUAACUUUACCUCAACUGCUUCUCCUACUCCAUAAGUCAAACUUAAUAGCCUCCCAUGCCAUUAGGUCCCUCCUCCAUCUCUUACUUUAACAGACACUCCUCUAUCUCCCAAAUAAAACAGUUUCCUUCUCCAAUUAAGCAACGCUUCCCCUAAACAUUCCUUGCAUAAAGCAACUGUAAAGAUCCAUCCCAACCCCAUCUUUCAAAACAUCCCAUUUAUCAUUCCUCAGGCUGCAAAAAAAAACAUCCCUUUGACGUCCUUAUGACUAAUACCCGUCAAUUAUCAAUGUUCUCUUUAGCAUUCUCUCUCUGCUCUGCUCUCUCUGAAUAGCCUAAGUGAGUGAGAGGCCAGCUCAUGUUUUCCAUAUUGAGUGGCAGUGUGUCAGGGCUGUGUUGACCUGGAUGAGGCUGGUACUGGGGGAGAGGUUAGAGGUUGGCCUUGUUCUCAGGCCUGUUCUGUUCCCAGGCCCUGGUUCUGUUCCAGGAGGGAUCCAGGGGGCCAGUGUUCCGGCCCAGUUCCCCCAGCGUGGGAGAACAUAAUGUGGGAGCUUGGGUACGGUGGUCAGCCCCUAAUACCUCUAUUGCUUCCAGAUUGCCUUCAAAUGACUGUUGGGGUUGUUGUUUACACACACACGUGCAGAGACACGGUCACAAGAAUGUGCAUGCACGCACGUACGCACACACACACGCACGCAUGCACACUAAAGCAAUAAUUUAACUGUCCCCAAGUAUGAAUUACAUUUAAGUCAUUUAGCAGACGCUCUUAUCCAGAGCGACUUACAGUUAGUGAAUACAUAUUUUUUUAUACUGGCCCCCCAUGGGAAUCAAACCCACAACCCUGGCGUUGCAAACGCCAUGCUCUAUCAACUGAGCUACAUCCCUGCUGGCCAUUCCCUCCCCUACCCUGGACGACGCUGGGCCAAUUGUGCACCGCCCAUGAGUCUCCCGGUCACGGCCGGCUCUGACAGAGCCUGGAUUCGAACCUGGAUCUCUAGUGGCACAGUUAGCACUGCAAUGCAGUGCCUUAGACCACUGCGCCACUCAGGAGACAGAAUGUAUUGCCUGGGCACUCUGUGGGCUGUUUGUGUGUUUUUACCACGCCUUACGCUCAGAUAUAGUCCAGCCCAGUGUUUAUGUGUGAACAACAGCUGACCCUGUCUGUCUGUUUUAGUAAUUGUAUUAUUGCCGUAAGUAAUCAGGCCUCUUUAGAAAACAUUCAGAGCUUUGGUGUUGGCUUGGCUUGACGUUGGGUUGUUGUGUUAUCAAGCGUAUCUUAAAAGGGCGGUUUUGAUAUUGAUUUAGAAAUCUCAUGGAUAGCUUGAGAGAUUGGAAAGGCUGCAUUAAUUAGUCAAGGUCUCUGUCUUAGAUGCAUUUCUUCCUUUCUAAUGGUUUAUGUCUGAUUGUAUUCAGAUGUUUUGACAUCUGUUGCCCUGCAGGCUAGUAAGGAGCUAAGAAUUGCUCCUUGUUUACUGUAGUGAGGUGAGUUGUAGUCAUAUUCAGUGCAGUAUGUGUUGUUGUUGUUACUGUUGUUGUUGUUAGGGGUUCAAGCAGCGAAGCUGGUAAAACUCUAUUGUAUUUCUUCUAUACUGGAUUCUUCCCCCAAAGAAAAUAACAUGCAAAUUCCUGUGAGAUGGUAAGGCCUAGGAGGGCACAACUUGGCAUGAUGGUGAAGGCCCAUGGGUCACACCCUCUCAUGCAAUCCCAUGCCAAUUGGCCACAUGGUGGAACUAUAGCAAGUCAUUGAAAAUAAUAAGGCCUUGAUUGGCUGCUAUGAAAGGGAAAGGGGAAAGGGGAUACCACAACUGAAUGUAUUCAACUAAAAUGUAUCUUCCGCAUUUAACCUAAUCCUUCUGAAUCAAUACCAGCUAACUACCACCACAGUGCAGGCCUGGGCACCAUAAAGCAAGCCCCCACUUCCAACCACUCUAGCCCUAUGUUAGUCAAUGGAGCAGCUGUAUUGGCUGAAACGUUGGUAUCAAAGAUCCAUUACAUUGUUUACAGAGUAUCCAAUAGUACUAGCCUGCUGGAGAUACUUCUUUCUUCUUUCUUCAGUGGAGCUGAGCCAGCCUGUGUGUCGCUAUGGGAACUAGACAGUACUGUGUGACUGUGACCUGACGCUGUUUGUUGGUUUUUGUCAUCAGCACCUCCUCACACCCAGACUGUGGUCUAACUCAUCCACACACAAAUUCUCCUCAGAUGUUUGCAGCCACUGUAAUGUGCUGAUGGUUGGAUACGGAUGACUCCGUGUCUAGAGAUGUGCUCUGUGGCUCUGGCUCUGUACUGUAAUGCUGUACAUCUGCUGUGUAGGGAGAAAGUAGUCACGAAGCUGACCAGCCGGCCGGCGCCAGCUAGGGGGAGCGGGGAGGGAUACAGUACCAAAGGUGGAACAGGGCCUUUGAUCUUUGGCUGAGAAUCUCUCUCUCUCUCUCUCUCUCUCUCUCUCUCUCUCUCUCUCUCUCUCUCUCUCUCUCUCUCUCUCUCUCUCUCUCUCUCUCUCUCUCUCUCUCUCUCUCUCUCUCUCUCUCUCACUCUCUGAAAAGGUGUGGUAGAAUUUGAUGUUGAUUGGGCUUUUCAUCUCUGGGGCAUUAACUGUAACCUAGUAGUUUAUGUUGGCUAAAUACUGGCCUGAGAUCUGUGCUCGGUGAGAUGAAGCACUAAUAAAAAGUACUUGGUAAUGAGUUGGUGCCAUUGAAAGAGCUGGGUGCUAGUGUGUGUGUGGACUCAGUGGGACCAGGGGGAGACGGGGGGAGACGGGGGGGGGGGGGGGGUGAUUGGGGAGAGCUCCUAAUUGAGGAGAGCUGUCUGUCUGUGUGUUUAUGUGUACACACGCUCUGGCCCUCUGGGGCAGGCUGGGGACGUAAAGGGGCUUUUGAAAGAGUGUAAGGGAAGUAUUUCACUGUUAUGUGUACACAACUCUCUGCUAGAAGCCUGGGAACAGAUGGGCUCUGGGAGCAGCAGUCACAGUAGUGUUGGCCAUUUUAUACACACAGGACAUUCACAUUGCUCAUGUGAAAUGGCUUCAGCUCUAUUGAACACAUUCUCUUAGAGGUCUAGCAACAUCCUACAAAGCAUUCGAUUUCCCAGAAAUGUUCAGCCUGGUACUCCGAGGCCAUCGCAGUGCUUCUCAUAGACUGCAAUGUCAGAGUGAUGUGCUGAUCCUGUCUGUCCUUGUAUGUUUGUCUGUGAGGUUAACAUGAUGCUUUUAUGUCUUUCUGUAUGCUUGUCUACCUGCCUUUCUGGGGUGUGUGUGUGUUUUAUAGGGAGAGAUCCAGCAGUUGUUGAUUCUGGAGGACGCCCAGGCUGCGGCUGACUACUGCCUGCACUACAUCCCUGACUGUGACUCUCCACUGUCCUACAAUAGACAGGCCCAGGACCCUGAGCAGGUCAGUACUCCAGCCACCAGGGGCAGACACCCUCUGACAUACACACAUACCCAUACAGUACACACACACACACACACACACACACACACACACACACACACACACACACACACACACACACACACACACACACACACACACACACACACACACACACACACACACACACACACACUAUUCCACUCCCCCUUCAUCUGUCUUGUUUUAUUAUCAGUGAUUCAUCCACCCAAAAUAUCCUCCUUCAAACUGUAACAGUAUUUAUUUAUUUCUCUCUCUCUUCUCUCAUAUAUGUAUGAAAUGAAAUAAUCUGUCAUACAGCAGUUGAUGAUGUGGGUUUCUGGCUGCUAGAAAAGAAACCAGGGUGGAAUUCCAUCUGUAGUUAGUGAACAGAGACACUGUAGAUGCUAACAUGACACACAACCUUACAACCUCAGUAAAACUUCAAUUGAACACAAAGACAAGGAUUGCAUUCCACACCUUCUAUAAAAGCCAGAUGGUCCCUGAUCAUAAUUUGAUUAUGGAACAGAAAGUGUAUUUGUCUGGACUGCUUUAGAGUUGAACUCACAUAGCGAUAUUUCCAGUUUGAGUUCUAUCUAUGUUGGCUCAGUCUGGGCUCAAGAUUUCAGAGAUACAGUUUCAUGUUGAGGCUUUUUGCAGGUCCUGACUACACAGUACAGUGCUGGCUGCUACAGCUGCUUUCUCAGAAGCCCCUUGUUUCAGCCAACAGAUAAAACGAUGAACAAGCAGCAUGCAUAUCAAUAGAGCGGUGUCUGCCAGAGACCUGCCCAGCCCCGCCUUCUGUAGCCCAGCCCAGCCAAUCCCAGCCUUGGCCAUGUACUGCAUCACAUGAUUUAUCACUACCCAGUCUUCUCGGCCUAGGGGCCCGGAACACACCACUAAUACACAGGGAGGCCAGGCCAGAGAAGAAUUAGACAUCAGUCAGUCCAUCAGUCAGCAUCAGAAGAAGCUCCUCUCCCUGUCUUUGAUAGUGAGCCAGCAGCAGAGCGGUGCAUCUCUCCCUGGGCUGUGUUGAGCUGCUUCAGCCUGAACAAACACAGCCAGAAGCCUCGUAAAUCUCACAGGAUAUCACCACUCUGGCUCUUCCCCUCUUCACCAGGCCUGCUUGGGCAAUGGGAUCAACCUGGGAGAGAUUACUUAUAUUAUGAUGUACAGUGGGGAAAAAAAGUAUUUAGUCAGCCACCAAUUGCGCAAGUUCUCCCACUUAAAAAGAAGAGAGAGGCCUGUAAUUUUCAUCAUAGGUACACGUCAACUAUGACAGACAAAUUGAGAAAAAAAAAAUCCAGAAAAUCACAUUGUAGGAUUUUUUAUGAAUUUAUUUGCAAAUUAUGGUGGAAAAUAAGUAUUUGGUCACCUACAAACAAGCAAGAUUUCUGGCUCUCACAGACCUGUAACUUCUUCUUUAAGAGGCUCCUCUGUCCUCCACUCGUUACCUGUAUCAAUGGCACCUGUUUGAACUUGUUAUCAGUAUAAAAAACACCUGUCCACAACCUCAAACAGUCACACUCCAAACUCCACUAUGGCCAAGACCAAAGAGCUGUCAAAGGACACCAGAAACAAAAUUGUAGACCUGCACCAGGCUGGGAAGACUGAAUCUGCAAUAGGUAAGGAGCUUGGUUUGAAGAAAUCAACUGUGGGAGCAAUUAUUAGGAAAUGGAAGACAUACAAGACCACUGAUAAUCUCCCUCGAUCUGGGGCUCCACGCAAGAUCUCACCCCGUGGGGUCAAAAUGAUCACAAGAACGGUGAGCAAAAAUCCCAGAACCACACGGGGGGACCUAGUGAAUGACCUGCAGAGAGCUUUGACCAAAGUAACAAAGCCUACCAUCAGUAACACACUACGCCGCCAGGGACUCAAAUCCUGCAGUGCCAGACGUGUCCCCCUGCUUAAGCCAGUACAUGUCCAGGCCCGUCUGAAGUUUGCUAGAGUGCAUUUGGAUGAUCCAGAAGAGGAUUGGGAGAAUGUCAUAUGGUCAGAUGAAACCAAAAUAUAACUUUUUGGUAAAAACUAAACUCGUCGUGUUUGGAGGACAAAGAAUGCUGAGUUGCAUCCAAAGAACACCAUACCUACUGUGAAGCAUGGGGGUGGAAACAUCAUGCUUUGGGGCUGUUUUUCUGCAAAGGGACCAGGACGACUGAUCCGUGUAAAGGAAAGAAUGAAUGGGGCCAUGUAUCGUGAGAUUUUGAGUGAAAACCUCCUUCCAUCAGCAAGGGCAUUGAAGAUGAAACGUGGCUGGGUCUUUCAGCAUGACAAUGAUCCCAAGCACACCGCCCGGGCAACGAAGGAGUGGCUUCGUAAGAAGCAUUUCAAGGUCCUGGAGUGCCCUAGCCAGUCUCCAGAUGUCAACCCCAUAGAAAAUCUUUGGAGGGAGUUGAAAGUCCAUGUUGCCCAGCGACAGCCCCAAAACAUCACUGCUCUAGAGGAGAUCUGCAUGGAGGAAUGGGCCAAAAUACCAGCAACAGUGUGUGAAAACCUUGUGAAGACUUACAGAAAUGUUUGACCUGUGUCAUUGCCAACAAAGGGUAUAUAACAAAGUAUUGAGAAACAUUUUAUUGACCAAAUACUUAUUUUCCACCAUAAUUUGCAAAUAAAUUCAUAAAAAAUCCUACAAUGUGAUUUUCUGGAUUUUUUUUCCUCAUUUUGACUGUCAUAGUUGACGUGUACCUAUGAUGAAAAUUACAGGCCUCUCUCCUCUUUUUAAGUGGGAGAACCUGCACAAUUUGUGGCUGACUAAAUACUUUUUUCCCCCACUGUAUGUGUGUGUUUAUGUUUGAGAAAAGUGUUUUGGAGAGAGGAAAAGUAAGAAAUAUUGAUUCAUGCGGCCAGCAGGGAGAUACUGUCAGGGUCUGUGAGAACAGUGUUCUGUGUGUAGCCUCCUAUGCCCGGCUGUGUGUCUCUGUCUGUGUCUGGGUGUGUCCAAUUCCUGGCGGUGCUCCUGGGACUGUCCAUCAGUGCCUUAUCAGACGUAGAGCGUGUUGGCUGUUCUAGAUCUACAGCUGAGAAACCCGCUCUGUGUCCAAGACGUUGUUAGCAUCACUCACUCUACUGACCCACUUUCUAUCCUCCUCACACUGACCCUGUUUACAAACCAUCACAAUCUCCUCAUCAACCUAUUUUACAGACCAGACCUUCAACAACGUUCUCAUUCAAAGGUCGUCAAUAAUAGUGACAGAAAUGACAUUUAUGUUUACAUAUUUUAACAGCCCAACAGGGUCAUUAACACACUGACCCCUGACCUCAUGAGAAAGUAUGUCCUCUCUGUUGACAGGCCAGUGGUAAACAGUGAUAAAUAAACAGUAGUUUCAUUCACGACUACUCUGUGUGUGUGGUGUGUGUGUGGUGUGUGUGUGUGUGUGUGUGUGUGUGUGAGUUUGCUGGACGAGUGGGUCUUGAACUGUGUCUGACCCUACUGAAUGUGUGCAUAGGCGCAGCGGUCUAAGGCAUUGCAUCUCAGUGCUUGAGGCGUCACUGCAGACCACCUGGUUCAAUUCCAGGCUGUAUCACAACCGGCCGUGAUUGGGAGUCCCAUAGGGCGGGGCACAAUUGGCCCAGCGUCGUCCGGGUUUGGCCGGUGUAGGCUGUCAUUGUAAAUAAGAAUUUCUUCUUAACUGACUUGCCUAGUUAAAUAAAGGUAAAAUAAAAAUAAAAUGUUAUGUUUCAGGUAUUUCACCAUGUUGUUGUUUCUCUUGUUCGUGCCCCACCUCCUCCCUUGCCCCCUCCCCCUUUCAUAAAAGACCCCUCAACUUAAACCUGAUCCCAUGAUGCAAAGCGAUGAUCCCAUGACACAAAGCGACGAGCCAGAGGAGCCAAUGAAACGCUCCAAAAAAGACAGGAAAGGCAAAAAGGACAAAAAGAAGCGUGACAAGAAGGGGAGGGGCAAGAAGGAGUCGAGGAAGAAGAGAAAAGAAGGAGAGGUGGGUCCAGAGGAGGAGGGUUUCCUCCAGGUGUCCACAGUUUGGCCUAAAAACCAAUCCCAAGAAACCUACUAUCCCACUGAAAAGCCCUCUACGAUGGAACUGUUCACUCCUGAAGCUGUCACCCCAACUGAAGCCUCUGACCAGACCACCAUGAUCCCAGAGAGGCCCACACACAGGCCUAACUCUGACAUUGAGGACCCCUCCGUGGUGCCCAGUGCACUGCCUGAGUCAAAGGUCACUGAGGAGGUAGACUGAAAAGUUAUGAUGUAGCUCCCCUCCCCCUCCAUCCCAUCCCUAACAGAGCACUGACCCACUCUCCCAGAAUGCUUCAUCUACACCCUCUGUCAACCUGCUCCUCUCCUCACUGUGACCACUAACCUAACCAGCACUACCUUAAUCACCUCCUCCCCUUCCAGGACUCCCAAUGGAACACGGAGAAUCCCUGCAUCCCUCUAGUUCUAGAUUAAGUAGAGUAUGUAGACAAUCUAGAAUUUAGACUGUGUUCUACACUAUGUUAUAACACAUAGACAACUGUGACUCAAUUGUCUCAAUAGUUGUUUAUGGGUUGCAAGACAUUUAUAUGAAAAUAGUUGUGUGGAUAACAUUGGUUCUGUCUUUUGUGGUACCUGUAGUUUAACAUACAUAUCUGAGUAAGUGGUAUGUAUGAGGUGUUGUGUGUUGUAGUUUUGCUGUGAUAUCUAUUUGACCUGAGAGUUUAUGUCCUUACCCAAACCCAGUCCAAGCCUUUUAUUUUAAAGCUAUACAUGUAUCCAAAACAGUAUGCCUCCUGUGUUGUAUUCCAUCUUUCUAAAUUUGUUCUGUCAGCAAAUACUGUAUGUAGGUCAAAGAAAGUCCCCAUGAUAGAAGUCUCUAAAGCUUAUCUUUUGCUACUUUUGCUACUUUGCUAAAUUUGCUGAUUUUCAUACUCUCGCUGUAAUGGCUGUCACAAUCCAUGUCAUGCUUCCAUCACUACCUGGUUGUGAAAUAUUCCAUCAGCAUAGGAUGAUUAAUAACACACUGAGGCUUGCUACAUGUAUAACCUGCCUAUUCCCAUAACCGACACCUGUGCUGCUAACUAGCUUAGCAAACUGUACGCUAUGAUAGACUGUGUAAAAUGGAGGCGCUGGGCAAACUCAGAGGACUGGGCAGACAGACAGACCAUAAUGUUGCCCAGUGUCUCCAUGGUUUCUGUUACCAUGGCUCUGACCUUAAACCCUCUGGCCUUGUGCAGGAGGAGAGGCCGGACAAAAAGCCCCAGAUGGAGGAGUUCGACGAAAACUUCUAUGGCGAGCUGUAUGAUGACCUCGAAGUCUCCAUGGUAACAAUGGGUCCCAAUAUCAGCGGGUACGAGGUCAGUUGAAUUGAGAUUUUGAUAUACUGUGUGUUCAUACGGUGAAGCUCAUGUUCUGUAGCAGCUCAGUUAUUAAUGUGGUCAUUGGAUCAUGUGAUUUACUGUCAUGUUGAAUGGACUCGUAGAUUGUAGAGUACGAGGACAUAAGUAACGAGACAGAGAACCAGGAGUAUGAAGAGUAUGAGACCUACGAGGACGGAUAUGGCUUUGCAGAGAGAGAGGGGGCUGAUACCUGGGAUGGAGAGGUAGGCCUCACCAAUCAUACAGUUAAAGUGUAUUCACUCAGAGACUUCUGAGACUCCUGUACCUGACCUACAACUACUGUACACACAGUAGGUAAUCAAUCACCUAACAUGUCUGUUCAUAUGUCUGUCUGUCUGUCUGUCUGUGUCUGUCUGUGCCUCAGGCCAGUGUCAGAGCACUGAAAGGAGAGAAGGGGGAGCCUGCCAUCGUUGAACCGGUGAGCUUGAGUAUUCAGACAGAAUUUCGCUCAUGUAAAUCAAUUUUAGGCCCUUAAUAUUUUAUUUUCGUUGUUUUGUCAUGUAAUCUUUAUGACUCUAUAAAGACUAUAUGGAGUAUUUCUGUCUUUAUGUUGAAUAAUCUCUGGUAUAUACUGUAUGUGUUUAUAUGCCAUUGCCAUAUCUGUAUGAUGUUGUGCAGGGUACACUGGUGGAGGGACCAGUCGGCCCCCCAGGACCAGAGGUAAGACCCCUGCUCCCAGGCAUUACCACUACAUCAUAUUACAUUGAUAUUACAUUGAUACUACAUUCAUACUACAUAAUAGUACAUCAUAACUAUCACUCCACUUUACUGCCCAUAUUGAUACUAUGGACCAAUGCUGAUUGACUGUGUGUUUAUUCUCCAGGGUCUUCCAGGCGGACCAGGACCAAUGGGCCCCCGAGGACCCAGUGGAGACCCAGGUGAUUUGGUGAGUAUCCUCCCCCGUGGAGUAUUGACCCGUAGUGGACUGUCCUCAGGGACAGUAUGACCAUAGUCAGGGUCCACAGGGACUGUGCUCUGGGUUUGACCAUGACCACAGAUUGACCACAGCCUACACAAACAGGUCAGGGAUGCUGUGACCUCACUGUGGUCUUGACUGUAACCUUACUGGGCUUAAGGGAGUAAAGGACUGGUGAUGACUCAUGUGUGGGUUUGACCUAAUUCACUCUGUUGAAAUGUGUGUGUGUGUGUGUGUGUGUGUGUCUGUGUGCGUGCCUUUGUGUGUUUGUGUUCCCUCCCUGAACACAGCCUCAUUCCCACAGACACAAACCAACAGAUGCUCAGUCGUCUCUAGUGAUCUAAAGGAUUUUUAACGAUGUUGUUGUAGGAGAAAAACAUAGAGGUCUUCUAACUCAGUUUCACCUUAAAUCAAACACAUCAAAUCAGAUCAUCAAACAAGCUUUUCUUCUUUUAAAGCAGAUCUGAAACAAAUGUAAAAACAGUGUUCCAUAAUCCUGCCUGUCUACAGUAUUUAAUCUUCAUAAUUGUUUAUGCCUUGCAGUAUACAACAGUAUUCUCAGUGUGACAGAUACUAUAAUAAUGUUCCUAUUGAGACAAAUGCCUUCGUCUCUGCUGCAGAGAGUCUAGGUGAUUGACAGUUUGGGAUUAGCUCAUACCUCUAAUUCUUUAUGAGGUGCUUAAUGGUACAUUAGGCUUUCGAUAGGGGCAUCAAGCAGAAAAUCUUCUACCCCCCCCCCCCCCCCCCCCCCCCCCCCCUCUCUAGAGACAAGCUAAUUGAUAUGAACCUGAGAGUGAGUAACAUGCCCUCUGGAAAUGAAGCAGAGGUUGUUUUAACAGAGAUUGGAUUGUAGGGCUCAUUCUUGUCUGUUUAGCGUUAUGUACACACUGGAACACUCCCACUUACAGGCCUAUACUGUACAUACUUGUGUUGUUCACUGUAUACACACUCAUACAGUCAUGAUUAAAAUCCUCCCUCUCUCUCUCCCUUUGUCUCUCAGGGUCCUCCAGGGCGUCCUGGUUUAGCUGGGGUUGAUGGGAUACCUGGUCCUCCAGGAACCAUGCUGAUGUUACCAGUAAGAAUGAGAUAAAACUCUCUUUAUUUAAACUUCCCUCAUCUGAACACACACUCAUGUUCAGUUCCCAUUGACUAUGGCUGAAUCCCAAAUCACUCCCUUCCCCUCUGCCCUCAAUUUGCGCGUUCACGUGCGCCUCCCCCAUUUGCACAAGUGUCCCAAAGCUGAGGGAGUGAAAAUUAUCGAGGAUGUAGGGGCCUCAGAUAGACACUUCGACCGAACCAGCAAGGCUGCAGGCUUCAGAGCGAGGUACUAUCCUGACUAUCCUGAUUACUGUUAUACUAUACCUGUACAUCAUUCAAGUCCGGAGUGUGUCCCGAAGUUGAUGGGUUUACUGAUCCCAUCAUCACUCUCUGGAAGUCACCCUCAGAGUUUCGUCAGCAACACGUGAAAACGGAGAGCCCUCCUAGUGAGUUGGUAGGGGUGGGGGGGUGGUUUGGGAUUCAUCUUACAGUAUGUGAUGCUGUCCUGAGGCAGGGCAGUAACAGCUCUGAGCCACUAGGUGGAGCUGUGAGAUUGAAUGCUGAUGAGGCCAGGUGAAAUCUACAUUGUGUAUUCAAAUAAAAUAAAAUCAAAUGUUAUUUGUCACACACACGUUUAGCAUAUGUUAUAGCGGGUGUAGCAAAAUACUUGUGCUUCUAGCUCCGACAGUGCAGUAAUAUCUAACAAGUAAUAUCGAACAAUUUCACAACAUAUACCCAAUACACACAAAAAUAGUAAGGAAUGGAAUUUAAGAAUAUAUACAUAUAUGGACAAGCAAUGACAGAGCGGCAUGGACUAAGAUACAGUACAAUAUUAUAGAAUAGAAUACAGUAUAUACAUAUGAGAUGAGUAGUGCAAGAUAUGUAAACAUUAUUAAAGUGACUAGUGUUCCAUUUCUUAAAGUGGCCAGUGAUUUCAACAGGCAGCAGCAGCCUCUAAUGUGCUGGUGAUGGCUAUUUAACAGUCUGAUGGCCUUGAGAUAGAAGCUGUUUUUCAUUCUCUCUGUCCCAGCUUUGAUGCACCUGUACUGACCUCGCCUUCUGGAUGAUAGCGGGGUGAACAGGCAGUGACUCGGGUGGUUGAUGUCCUGUAUGUGUCUUGGAGGGCGGGUAGUUUGCCCCCGGUAAUGCGUUCGGCAGACCGCACCAUCCUCUGGAGAGCCCUGCGGUUGCGGGCGGUGCAGUUGCCGUACCAGGCGGCGAUACAGCCCGACAGGAUGCUCUCAAUUGUGCAUCUGUAAAAGUUUGUGAGGGUUUUAGGUGCCAAGCCAAAUUUCUUCAGCCUCCUGAGGUUGAAGAGGCUCUGUUGCGCCUUCUUCACCACACUGUCUGCGUGGGUGGACCAUUUCAGUUUGUCGGUGAUGUGUACGCCAAGGAACUUGAAGCUUUCCACCUUCUCCACUGCGGUCCUGUCGAUGUGGAUAGGAGGGUGCACCCUCUGCUGUUUCCUGAAGUCCACGAUCAUCUCCUUUGUUUUGUUGACGUUGAGUGAGAGGUUAUUUUCCUGGCGCCACACUCCCAGAGCCCUCACCUCCUCCCUGUAGGCGGUCUCGUCAUUGUUGGUAAUCAAGCCUACUACUGUUGUGUCGUCUGCAAACUUUAUGAUUGCGUUGGAGGCGUGCUUGGCCACGCAGUCAUGGGUGAACAGGGAAUACAGGAGGGGGCUGAGCAUGCACCCUUGUGGGGCCCCAGUGUUGAGGAUCAGCGAAGUGGAGAUGUUGUUUCCUACCUUCACCACCUGGGGGUGGCCCGUCAGGAAGUCCAGGACCCAGUUGCAUAGGGCGGGGUUCAGACCCAGGGCCUCAAGCUUAAUGAUGAGCUUGGAGGGUACUAUGGUGUUGAAUGCUGAGCUAUAGUCAAUGAACAGCAUUCUUACAUAUGUAUUCCUCUUGUCCAGAUGGGAUAGGGCAGUGUGCAGUGUGAUGGCGAUUGCAUCGUCUGUGGAUCUAUUGGGGCGGUAAGCAAAUUGAAGUGGGUCUAGGGUGACAGGUAAGGUAGAGGUGAUAUGAUCCUUGACUAGUCUCUCAAAGCACUUCAUGAUGACAGAGAGAGGGGAGAGAAGGACUUAUACUGCAUGUAUUUAGGUUUAUCACUCUACUCCUUUCUCUUGUAGUUCCAACAUGGUGGUGAUUCUCAGAAGGGGCCUGUGGUGUCAGCCCAGGAGGCUCAGGCUCAGGCCAUCCUGCAGCAGACCAAGGUAACGUCCACCUGGCCACUACUACUGUAACCUGUAGCAUCAUUACUCCUUUUACAUUAGAAAUGAGCCUUGACUUAUCUAACGUUGUUGUUCUUACCCUUGUUUAUUCCAGAUGUCGUUGAAGGGACCUCCAGGUCCACUGGGUCUUACAGGGCGACCAGGCCCACUGGUAGGAUACCCACCUAGCUUGAACCAUAAGCCACAACCUUAACUUCUACCUUUAUCCUCUAUCUACACUAUAUUCUCCUGUCUACAGUCCACCACAACCACAUUAACCAAAGCCCAUUUUGUCUCCAUGCACAUACAAACAAUCAGCAAUCUGAUCAUCACUACUGUGACUUAACAGGCUAUUCUUUAUAUUUCCUUGUUUGGUUUGACUGUCUUUCCUCUCUGUGUUUAGGGUCUUACUGGUUCCUCUGGACUUAAAGGUGACGCUGGAGAACAUGGCCCAAGGGUAAGAGGAUAUUCUAUUUUGACUUGCUACCACAGAGCAGUCAAGGUCCAUUUAGAUUUUGAUGUAUCCUACUGGUCUCACUCUCUCACUGUCCCUCUCUGUUUCUCCCCCCCCCUCUCUCUUCAUCUCUCUCCUCCUCCUCCUACUCCUCCUCCUCCCCCUCUCUCUGUCUAUUCUCUCUCCUCCUCCUCCUCCUCCUCCCCCUCUCUCUGUCUAUUCUCUCUCUCUCCUCCUCCCCCUCUCUCUCCAUCUAUUCUUUUUUUCUCUCUCUCUCCUCCUCCCCCUCUCUCUCCGUCUAUUCUUUCUCAGGGUCCCCGUGGUGUUCCAGGCCCUCCAGGACUCAACGGGAAGUUAGGAAAGAGGGUGAGACUUCUUAGUGAGCUAUGUGAUACUGUCAUCAUGCUCCAGAAACCAAACUGUGGACUGUAACUCUAUACAGAUGUUCUGAACUGUUGUUGUACUCCUUGAUCAGAUACAACCAACUGUUACAGUUUUUCUCAAUUGCUAAGACACAUUUCUUGAAAGCUGCUCUCCUUUUCUCUUUUCUCUUAACUGUGAACACAAAACCCAAUUUUAAAGCUACAUUCACAAAACCUCACUCUUCUUGCAAAACCAAACUUUCACCUCAAAACAGUUCAAUCUGUGCUCAAAACUGAACUAUGUUGUCAAAUCGUGCCCCGAGUCAAUCAAAAUUAAAAACACUACUGAACAGUCACUAAACACUACGUAGAAAAAUAGAAAACACAAUGCUCAGGACAUGAAGCUGGAGAAAUAAAUGUUUAUUGUUCACUGUAGGCUAAAUGCAUGUUGCAAAACAAAAAAAAACUGUGCAUUUAGCACUUGUACAAAAAGACAAAACAGAAAUCUUGUGCAUUUACAUGUAGCACUGUCACGAUCGUCGGGAAGAGAGGAGGACCAAGGCGCAGCGUUGCAGACGAACAUACUCUUUAUUUAUGAUAAACAAUCAAAACAACAAAACGAUAACGUGACAGUCAAUGGUCAAACACGAACAAGAUCCCACAACCACUGUGGGCAAACAGCCUGUUAAAAUGUGGUUCCCAAUCAGAGACAACCAGCCACAGCUGACACUCGUUGCCUCUGAUUGAGAACCACACUGGCCAACAUAGAAAUGAAAUACAUAGAUCUACACACCCUGGCUCAACAUAACAGUGUCCCCAGAGCCAGGGCGUGACAAGCACUUGUAAAAACAAACAGAAAUCUUAUGCGUUUGCCACUUGUGUACAGUAAGCCCCAGAGAGUACAAAAAUAUACAAAUAAGUGCAUUACUCAGCCACAGCAUCAUGUCUCCGUACUGGGUCAGGCCACAGGACUUCAUCCACAUCACAGGCCACAUUUUGUCUGGCCAGGCAACGGGGGAAAAAACCCCUGGCAUGCCGUAUCCAGGCUUGGCAUGCCUCCACACCUAUGUCACCACAGGCAAGUCCCAUGGCUUGCAGGAGAUUUACCCUGGUGUAAGGUUGGCGUUCAUAUACCUUCCACCGCCAUGAGGAGAAUAAUUCCUCAAUGGGGUUUAGGAAAGGGGAGUACGGUGGAAGGCAAAGAUUGAUAAAACCUAGGUUCAUAUUGUACCACUCUCUAACCUGGAGGGCUCUGUGAAAACUCACAUUGUCCCAAACAACAACAUAGAUGGGAUGCUCAUCCUGCUGCCCUAACAAAGCAUCUCACAUGUGAUUGAGGAAAAUGAGGAGCUGGUGAGUGUUGUAGGGCCCCAGGUUGGCAUGAUGGUGGACAACCCCAUGAUUGCUGAAGGCAGCACAUAAUGUGACAUUGCCACCACGCUGCCCAGGAACACCAACAAUGGCCCGAUGGCCAAUCACAUUACGGCCUCUCCUUCUCCUUUUGGUGAGAUUAAACCCAGCUUCAUCCAUGUAGAUGUAUUGAUGGGGUCUUUCCAUUGCAUCCCGUUGAAAAACCCUCUGUAGAAAUAGAUAUCGUUUUGUAAGUGAUACGGAAAAAGUGGUUUAGACCACUACAGGAAAUCACUACUUAGAGUAAUCAACAUUGAAUGUGUCUGGAUAUAUGCCAACCUGUACAUACUGGAAUCUUUGCUCUUUGACUCUGUCUGAGUUGCGAUCAAAGGGCACUCUGUAUAGCUGUUUCAUGCGCAGUCUGUUGCGCUUGAGGACACGAUCAACAGUAGAGAGGCUGACACUGUUGAUACCCUCAAAAUGUAAAUGGUCCUCAAUGAUCUUCUGCUGAAUUUCGCUCAGUUUAAUGGCAUUGUUCUCACGGACCAUAUCAACAAUUAGGAUCUCUUGGUGUGGGGAGAACAUACCUGUCCUCCCACCCCCAUGUGGCAGUCUUUCAAUUCUACAAAAAGAGAACAUGGAGUUACAAAAAAUAUACAUGGAAUACUAGGCCUACAAACAGUUAGACCAACCCUCCAUUACAAUACUACAGUACAUUGGUACAGUGAUGUACUGAAACAUAUAUUUACUUACAGUAUACUGUGGUACAGUAUAUAGUAUGUCAUACAGUAAUUGCUGUCAACAUUUACAUACUGUACUAUAAUGUCAAAAAAAGGUAAUUACCUGUUCUCUUCUCUAAAUCUUCGGAUUAUGGUGGACACAGUGAAUCUACUGAUGUUUGGUUGUACCCUUUGUCCAGCCUCCCUCAUGCUCAUACCAUGGACAAGAACAUGGUCAAUCACAGUAGCUCUGAUUUCAUCAGAUAUUACUGUUCUUUGUCUUCGCUGACCACCUCGACCUCCUCUCACACGAACUCUUCCUCUCAGAUUUCUAUCCAUUGUAGGGCCUCACAAACCAGUGCUCUCUGAACUGGCUUACUGUAUAUGUUCCCUCACAUCAUUAGCCACAAGUGUGAUCAAUUUUGAGUUGUUGUGUUCAAGUGGUGACACCUGUGCUCUAAUUGUGUUUGACUUUUGUCACCUGUGCUCACCAUUAUGCAGCACGGGUGCAUCACAAUGAAAAUGUGUUGGCAAGUUAUGUCUAAACAGGUGAAAAGUGCUUAUGGUUUUGCCAAAAGAGUGAUUGAUUCAAUCAGUGGGUUCAGGCAACUGAGCAUUUGGUUCAGACAAUAGGGUUUAGUGUUUAAGCAAUUGAGAAAAACUGUAAUACAACAAAUAUUUUCUCUCUCUCUCACCUUACCUGUCCCUUCAUUGACAGUAGUGUCAGUGGUAGUGUGUGUGUUAUGAGUGUUAGGGUGACCUGUAUCCCUGGCAGAUGGCUGUUUAACUCUGUAUGUGUGUCCUCUCCUAGGGCCGGGCUGGAACGGAUGGAGGUCGCGGAGCACCGGGGGAGACAGGGGGGAAAGUAAGCUCCCUAAAAUCACAAUUCAUCACAGUACAGUUGGUGAAAAUCGAAGUAAAUUGUGUUAAGGCAGAACCUCCGCUACUCAAGUUUGUUUGUGUGUUGUGUACUGUACCUGCACAGUGGAUCGUUUGUUUUGGAAUAAACUGUACUAUUGGUGUGUCUGGCAGUUCAUCUGACUGAUCCAAUUUAGUGUAUGUUCUUGUGCGAGUUAGCAACAUAAUCAUGAUCGAAUGAAUGGUUCCACAAUAAUUGUCAAAUGAAGUCUUAAUUUUCACUUGCUAAAUAACCCUAGAGCUAGCAGAGGAUCUGAGACUAAGUUUAUUAGACAUAUUGACCACGCCAGCGAUUCAAUAGUUUACAGCUGCAGGAAGAGCUUGGUAAAUAAAUGACGCUACCCUGAUAGUCUCUGACAGGACAGCAGUGUCUUUAUCUGUCAGAACAUGGUUCCAGAACAGGACAGAACAGCUAAUACUCUGGGCUCCCAGUCCCAGCCAGAGACACCACACACACACACACACACACACACACACACACACACACUGUUCCCAGUCAGAGCUAAUAACACACUGCCAGAUGGGAGAGUCCACAGGGACGGCGUCUCGAUCUUUUGUGUGUCUCCAUCUCAUGCACUUGGGUCUAUUUAUCCUCAGGGGGACAGAGGCUUUGACGGACUGCCAGGUCUCCCAGGAAACAAGGGCCACAGAGUGAGUGAGGACUAGCAACCCAAGUCUCUACUGUCUGUCUUUCUUUCCUCCUGAGACUGUGUGCAUGUUUAACAUUUAUGUGUGGGAAGAAUUUGUGACUGCUGAUGUGUUUAAUGGCAUUGAACAUCAAGUCUACAUACGCCUUACACAGUAUAUAAUGUAUUUUCUCCUAGGGGGAGAGAGGGAAGCCUGGACCACAUGGGCCUGAUGGAGAGCCAGGAGAAAAGGUGAGGACAAAAAGUAACCAUUAAUGUACUCCAGGACCCUGCUGAGUAACCACACCCAACAUCCCCUUCAGCAAAGUCCAGAAAACAUGGACCCCAUGGGCAGCCAUAGAAAUUGAAUUCCAUUUCUAUGUGUGCUGCAUGUUGAAACCAGAGCCACCUACUGUUCUGUAUAAUAUACGUACAUACAGUACCAGUCCAAAGUUUGGACACACCUACUCAUUCAAGGGUUUUUCUUUAUUUGUAUUAUUUUCUACAUUGUAGAAUAAUAAUGAAGACAUCACAACUAUGAAAUAACACAUAUGGAAUCAUGUAGUAAUCAAAAAAGUGUUAAACAAAUUUCUUCAAAUAGCCACCCUUUGCCUUGAUGACAGCUUUGCACACUCUUGGCAUUCUCUCAACCAGCUUCACCCGGAAUGCUUUUCCAACAGCCUUGAAGGAGUUCCCACAUAUGCUGAGCACUUGUUGGCUGCUUUUCCUUCACUCUGCUGUCUGACUCAUCCCAAACCAUCUCAAUUGGGUUGAGGUCGGGGGAUUGUGGAGGCCAGGUCAUCUGAUGCAGCACUCCAUCACUCUCCUUCUAAAAUAGCCCUUACACAGCCUGGAGGUGUUUUGGGUCAUUUUCCUGUUGAAAAACUAAUAAUAGUCCCACUAAGCCCAAACCAGAUGGGAUGGCGUAUCGCUGCAGAAUGCUGUGGUAGACAUGCUGGUUAAGUGUGCCUUGAAUUCUAAAUAAAUCACAGACAGUGUCACCAGCAAAGCACCCCCACACCAUCAUACCACCUCCUCAAUGCUUUACGGUGGGAACUACACAUGCGGAGAUCAUCCGUUCACCCACAUCGCGUCUAAUGUCCAUUGCUCGUGUUUCUUGGUCCAAGCAGGUCUCUUCUUAUUAUUGGUGUCCUUUAGUAGUGGUUUCUUUGCAGCAAUUCGACCAUGAAGGCCUGAUUCACACAGUCCCCUCUGAACAGUUGAUGUUGAUGUGUCUGUGACUUGAACUCUGUGAAGCAUUUAUUUGGGCUGCAAUUUCUGAGGCUGGUAACUCUAUUGAACUUAUCCUCUGCAGCAGAGGCAACUCUGGGUCUUCCAUUCCUGUGGCGGUCCUCAUGAGAGCCAGUUUCAUCAUAGCACUUGAUGGGUUUUGCGACUGCACUUUCAAAGUUCUUGAAAUGUUCCGUAUUGACUGACCUUCAUGUCUUAAAGUAAUGAUGGACUGUCGUUUCUCUUUGCUUAUUUGAGCUGUUCUUGCCAUAAUAUGGACUUGGUCUUUUACCAAAUAGGGCUAUCGUCUGUAUACCCCCCCCCCCCCCCCACCCCACCUUGUCACAACACAACUGAUUGGAUCACAUGCAUUAAGAAGGAAAGAAAUUGCACAACUUAACUUUUAAGAAGGCACACCUGUUAAUUGAAAUGCAAUCCAGGUGACUACCUCAUGAAGCUGGUUGAGAGAAUGCCAAGAGUGUGCAAAGCUGUCAUCAAGGCAAAGGGUGGCUAUUUCAAGAAUCUAAAAUAUAUUUUGAUUUAUUUAACACUUUUUUGGUUACUACAUGAUUCCAUAUGUGUUAUUUCAUAGUUUCGAUGUCUUCACUAUUAUUCUACAACAUAAAAAAUAGUAAAAAGAAAGAAAAACCCUUAAAUGAGUAGGUGUGUCCAAACUUUUGACUGGUAGUGUACAUAUUAUACGAAAAAGUAUGAAAAUGUAUGCACUCACUACUGUAAGUCGCUCUGGAUAAGAGCGUCUGCUAUAUGACAACAUUUUCCGUGAGGCAAGGUAAAAGUGAAGGACACAAUUACCAUGAUCGGUAGAGGAAAUUCUCCUACGAUAGUUGAGCAACGCACACAGAUCAAAGCACUCACCUUUGAGAUAAAAUAGAAAAACCUAUAAUUUUUAAUACAUCUCUGUCGUUCUGGCUUUAGUUCACUCAGACAACAACAAGCAAUGCAAAUAUCAAUGAUUAAAAUCCAGACAGGAUUAUAAAUGAAGUAUGUUUCAGACUAUUUUUAGGCUACUGAAGAUGAAUUCUGGUCAGGACAAGGCAUGUUAGUUAUGUGAAAGGGGGGAUAUAUAGAGGAUGCGUGUAAUGUAUGAUGUAGACAUAUGUCAGUCAACUGAUUUCUUUAAUAGGACAGAGAGGCACAUGAAGAUAGGAUAAUAUUCUCUCUCUGUUGACUCUUUCUCUUGUGUCAUUUUUUAGGGUUUAGAUGGACCCUUAGGGCCGAGUGGACAGCCCGGUGAACCUGUGAGUAACCACGUCCAAAUGCAGCAUCGGCACAUUCUACACACACACACAUUUCUCCACCCCACAGGCGGCUCUAUGUGCGCAGUGUGCCCAGGCUGAUUGUCUACGAUUCACACUCCAUCUUUAUCCCAGCAGGUGAGGAUGAGGUCCAGUGGGGCUCUGCCUCUCUAAAUGGAUCACCCAGCACACAAAGAAAUAGAGGGCUGUAAUAGACAUGUUAGGAGGAGUGUGUUCUGGCUCACACACAUCACACUGAAUGGGGAUCUACCGAUCGUCUACCGAUCAUUCAGCGCACUGUUGAGGCCGUCUGAGUCAGAAUGACGCAAGAUUCUACAUGUAAAAUCGGUUUGCACUCGGUUCGCAAGUACUCUCCGCAGGCAACCACUAUUGGUGGUUCGAGCCCUUAAACUACAGAGACUCAGGGAAAUAGAGGAGCUGGGGGUUUGGAUGAGAGAGAGAGGGGAAGAGAGGAGGAAGUGGGAGGGAGUGAGGGAGAGAGGGAGGGAGGGAGGUGUGAGAUAGAAAUUCAGUGGGUGGUGAAUGAGAUAAGAGCAAGAGAGAGAGAGGGAAAGGGAGAGAGAGAUAGAAGAGAUUAAAUCCUGGCCUGAAUGAUUAUAUUUCCAUAUCAAUCACUUCAAGGGAGAUCACAGAUGUGGCUUUGGAACAGGUGGCUUGGCUGGUGUACAAAGAGUGAUGCUGACAAAAACAACACACACAGAAACACCCCCCAACCCGCUUCAUCUCUCCUCACAGACAGACACUCACUCUCACACAAAUACACACUUGCCCAUAUGCGCACAGGCUCAUUAACUCGCUCUUCCUCAGACACACUGACACACUCACACAUACACAUACACCACACUCAAACAUACUUAUAAUAUCUCUCAAACACGCACACACUAAUGCAUGAUGAGCACACAGACACACACACACAGACACAAACACACACACACAGACAUACACACAUACAGUGCAUUCAGAAAGUAUUCAGACCCCUUUGACUUUUUCCACAUUUUGUUACGUUACAGCCUUAUUCUAAAAUUGAUUAAAUAGUUUUUUCCCUCAUCAAUCUACACACAAUACCCCAUAAUGACAAAGUAAAAACAGCUUUUUUGAAAUUUUUGCAAAUGUAUAAUACAAAAAAAAACGGAAAUGUAACAUUUACAUAAGUAUUCAGACCCUUUACUCAGUACUUUGUUGAAGCACCUUUGGCAGUGAUUACAGCCUCGAGUCUUCUUGGGUAUGAUGCUACAAGAUUGGCACACCUGUAUUUGGGGAGUUUCUCCCAUUCUUCUCUGCAGUACCUCUCAAGCUCUGUCAGGUUGGAUGGGGAGCAUUGUGCACAGCUAUUUUCAGGUCUCUCCAGAGAUGUUCGAUCGGGUUCAAGUCCGGGCUCUGGCUAGGCCACUCAAGGACAUUCAGAGACUUGUCCCGAAGCCACUCCUGUGUUGUCUUGGCUGUGUGCUUAGGGUCAUUGUCCUGUUGGAAGAUGAACCUUCACCCCAGUCUGAGGUCCUGAGUGCUCUGGAGCUGGUUUUCCUCAAGGAUCUCUCUGUACUUGGCUCCGUUCAUCUUUGCCUCGAUCCUGACUAGUCUUCCAGUCCCUUCCGCUGAAAAACAUCCCCACAGCAUGAGGCUGCUACCACCAUGCUUCACCGUAGGGAUGGUGCCAGGUUUCCUCCAGAAGUGACGCUUGGCAUUCAGGCCAAAGAGUUCAAUCUUGGUUUCAUUAGACCAGAGAAUCUUGUUUCUCAUGGUCUGAGAAUAUUUAGGUGCCUUUUGGCAUACUCCAAGCGGGCUGUCAUGUGCCUUUUACUGAGGAGUGGCUUCCAUCUGGCCACUCUACCAUAAAGGCCUGAUUGGUGGAGUGUUGCAGAGAUGGUUGUCCUUCUGAAAGGUUCUCCCAUCUCCACAGAGGAACUCUAGAGCUCUGUCAGAGUGACCAUCGGGUUCUUGGUCACCUACCUGACCAAGGCCCUUCUCCUCCUAUUGCUCAGUUUGGCCAGGCGGCCAGCUCUAGGAAGAGUUUUGGUGGUUCCAAACUUCUUCCAUUUAAGAAUGAUGGAGGCCACUGUGUUCUUGGGGACCUUCAAUGCUGCAGAAAUGUUUGGUACCCUUCCCCAGAUCUGUCCAUCGACACAAUCCUGUCUCGGCGCUCUACGGACAAUUCCUUCAACCUCAUGGCUUGGUUUUUGCUCUGACAUGCACUGUCAACUGUGGGACCUUAUAUAGACAGGUGUGUGCCUUUCCAAAUCAUGUCCAAUCAAUUGAAUUUACCACGGGUGGACUCCAAUCAAGAUGUAGAAACAUCUCAAGGAUGAUCAAUGGAAACAGGAUGCACCUGAGCUCAAUUUCGAGUCUCAAUACAAGGGGUCUGAAUACUUUCCGAAGGCACUGUAUAUAUACUGUACCUAUAUUUCAGUCAUAAUUUGAGGAUGUAUAUAUACACAUGAGCUGAUAUGAACCUGAUACAGUAUUGAUCAGUGUGCUGUGUUUGACUCUAGGGUGCCAGAGGACUUGUCGGACCCAGAGGGUCACCUGGGCCACCUGGACAGCCAGUAAGUCAACAUCCCACCUUCACCUUAAUACUGUUCCAAUGGACCAUUUUACACCCUUUAAACCAGUCUGACAUUCAUAGAUAACAUCAAAUACAGUUACAUCUGAUUAGCUGUCUGUCUCUUCCAGGGUAUUACAGGUGUGGAUGGAGUUCAAGGGUCAAAGGGCAACCUGGUCAGUAUUUUUUACUUAACUUGGGACUUGUAGUUUUCAUGACAGUUGAUCCAUGAUGACUAUGAUGGGUGAAUGAAAGCUUUCUAAAGAUGGUGUUUAGAAACACAAUCAGACCUGUGGAAUUUGAGUGACUUUAAUUGAUUAAAGUAAACACAGCUUAAAAAGCAUUGACCACAGUGGAAUAUGUGAUGAGUUUGAUAGGAGUCAGGCGCAGGAGGGUAAAUCACCAAAUACAGAGUUUAUUCCGUCGUACACAGUUGCGCUGGAUAGCGACAACAAAAUACAGGCACAGGGGAAAUAUCUACCCCGGCAAUACAAGGUACGAGUAGCUCCACCGAGCUACACUCAACUCACAUAAAACAAUCACCCACAAGGAAAAGGGGGCAGAGGGAACACUUAUACACAGACUAAUGAGGGGAUAUGAACCAGGUGUGUGUAAUUAACAAGACAAGACAAAUGGAAUGAUGAUAUAUGGAGCGGCAGUGGCUAGUAAGCCGGUGACGACGAACGCCGAAGCCUGCCCGAACCAGGAGGGGAGGCAGUCUCGGCGGAAGUCGUGACAGAAUAGCAGUCCCAUGACCCUGUUUAGGAUUCCUAGCAUGAGGGGCUCUGUCCAUGUGGUCAGGGUUGUGUGAAGAGAAAGUGUGUGUGAUGCUUCUUGUUGUUUUGUCUUAGGGGCCACCUGGAGAGACAGGUCCCAACGGUCAACAAGGAAAUCCUGGAUUACAGGUAACCCACAACCUCACACAAUGUCAACACACAACAACAUGUUUUCAAAAACAUAAUCCAUACAAACACUGUCUCAACACUCUCUUUGUCUUUCCCUUCUGUCUCUCUCUCUCUCUCUCUCUCUCUCUCUAGUCUCUUUCUCUUUCUGUCUCUCUCUCUCACACACACACUCCAAUCUGACUUCCCAGUCCUCUCACUCUGUGAUACCUAACCUGAUUAAUGCUUUGUUCUGGUCCAGGGCCUGCCUGGUACUCAGGGUCCCAUCGGCCUGCCAGGAGAGAAGGUAGGCACCAUGCCUCUCUUCAUUUCAGAUUUAAAGCCCUGAUCUUGUGACCGCUAUCAGCUCCGCCCCCAGGGGAGGCUGGCUGGCUUGAACGUUGUCACCCAGUACCAGCCACUCCUGGCUCCUGGCUCCUGGCUCCUAUUCAGACUACAGAGGACACUUGACAGGAAAUGAAUAUCCAGGAAACACACACUAGAACACACACACAGGCAGGCAGGGAGUCAGUGCUGUGCUAUCACACACCAGAGCCUCCUCACACUAGAGCAGGGGUACUCAACUACUAUUUGAGAAGGUCUGGUUACACACAUUUCCAAGGUGGUAAAGGUCCGGAUGGAUAUUGUCUUUAUCGGCGUAGUAACAAACCCCCACCUCCCAAGUCGCGACCCAUAUGACCCCAGACUGUUCACUCCCCUCUUGAUGGUGGAAAGAACAUUUAGCAGUUUUUAACAACAUUUCCCUGCAAUUCUUCUACACAUUUUGCCAUGGAGCAGAGAGAAAAUUGUGCAGUUUUAAAGCAAAUUUCCUGCAAUCCUACACAUUUUGACAUGUCUUAAAUGUGUUCAUAUGAUACCUGAGUGAGUCAACAAAAUCAAUGGGCACAUAUUAUGGACUUGAUAACUACAAUAUUUAGAUAGCUGGUUAGCCUAGCAUACCUACCUAGCUAACAUGGGCUAGUUGAUCAACUGUACAUUUCUGACAUGUUAUAAAUAGCUCUCUAAUGUCUGUCAGUGAAUGACAUAACAAGAGGAAAACUUCCCAUGCACUACCUUGUGCAUUCUAAUGUUACAACUCUCAACCACAUUAAUAAAUUGAAAGCCCGACUGAGUCGGUUCCCGCGGUUCAUAUUGACCCCUUUCUGCUUCCGGAUCCUGACCGCGGUCCACCUGUUGAGUAUGGCUGAACUAGAGGCUAUUCAUAGUCAAAAACACAUAAAGAUAUUCAGUUGAUUUAAGAAUUAAAUGUCACCAUAUUUUAAGACCCAAUAUCACGUUGUUGUAGCUUGGUUGUUACCCUUGAGAUUGAUGUGUAUAUACAGUAAGUUUCACCACUCAUGAUCUGUCUCUGUCCCCUACAGGGUCCCCAGGGGAAGGGUGGGGUGCAGGGACUCCCUGGCAUCGAUGGCCCUUCUGUAAGUACAUCCAUCUGAUUCUUCCUCAGCAGCACUGAUAGUACUGACCUUACCAGGGUGCGCUACCUCUUCUCCACCAGCAGGGGAGAACAGAAGGCAUUGGGAAAGUGCUCCAAUGCAGUAUUUCAAUUAGCUCUACGAAUGAAGGAUCUGUUUACAAAAGGGCUUAGCUAAACUCUUACAACCACAUGGUUUACAUAAUAGUGAAUAGGUUUUAUGAUUCAGGUAUAGUUUCAUGUUCUAUAGACACAUCACCCUCCUCCAAGUCCCUCUCUCUCUAUAUAUUGUACUGUAUUCACUUUGCUUUGCACUGUCUAUCAAGCUCCAUUGAUUUUUUCUAAACAGCCAUGGAAAUCUGUGAUAGUUAUAAUAGUAAGGUACAAUGCUCUAUUACUUGUUAUAAACAUGUGUGAGCCUUUAUAAUGUCUUAUUAUAAGUAUUCUAAUAUGCUAUAUCUGUUCAAUGUGUGCAGGGCCAUCCAGGAAGAGAAGGCCCUCCAGGAGAGAAGGGGCUCAAUGUGAGUUACAGUACAGAGCGUUAGACCAGACCUGCCUGGGUCAUCAUACCACUGUUCUGUCAUAUGAACAUCCCUAUUCUCCAAUCACGUUCACUCAUCAUAAUUCUCAUAUCACAUUCGUUUAAUGCAUUGUCAUCGGACACUCCAUUCCACCCCCAUUAUAAUAAUGUUUGUCCACAUUAGCUCACUGUCAUCAUCAUCAUCAUCAUUGUGCGCUCACUCAUGUUGACUCAUCCUUUUCAUCAUUGUAUUUUAACAAUGUCAUCGUCAUUGCGCAAUCACAUCAAUCCAUUACGCUCAUCAGCGAUAUCGUAAUUAUCAUAAAGUACACUCAUCGUCAUUGUCCGGUCAAAAGUACUUAUUGACAUUGUGUGAAUUGACUACAUUAGCCCUAUACAAUUGCUCACUAGCAUCUGUAAAUGGAUAGUGCUUUUCAGACAGAUGAAUCCUGAUGUUGUUUUGUCAUACAGGGUUUGCCUGGAGCCCAAGGGCCUGUUGGUUAUCCAGGGACUCGCGGUGUCAAGGUGAGUCAGAUGCUAUGUAAUGAUCAUGGUCGAAAUGUCCUCAAAGGUACCAUGCUGAGAGAGAUAGCCAUUCCCUUAGACAUUUCAAUCUCUCUAGUGUGUAUCUAUCUACCUGUGAUGGACAUGUUGUGGGAGUGUGUGUGAGUGUAUGUUUGACAGUUGACAGGUUCAGAGAGAGCAGGUUUAUUCUCGGGAGGAUAUCUAAUGACAGUGGGAAUAACGUUUGAUGGACAGUAGAAAUGACAAUGUUGAAGGAGAGAGGAACGUGUUUAUGUGUGGGGGUGGGGGUGUUUGUGUGUGUGUGCGUGCGUGCGUGCGUGCGUGCGUGCGUGCGUGCGUGCGGGUGCGUGUGGGUGAGUGGGUGGGUGCGUGUGGGUGGGUGUGUAUGUACUCGUGUACAUGCGUGUGUGUGAAUUUAGUGUAUGCACAUGGAAUUCAAAUUGUGUCUUGAGGGGAUAGGUUGUGGUGUUGCAUCAUGGCUGGGGAUGUCUACUCACUCAAAGUAAUAUUCACACCAGCAGUAUUCUACCUCUAGGGCACUGCCAUUAAGGCGCACGCUGACCUGGGCUGCAAUCGUUAAUAGAUGGUCAAUAACUGGUCAAUAGCAGGGCAGUGACAGGUUAAGAGCAAAUCAGUCGUCAUUCAUAAGUCAUUCUCCAGGGUCAAAUCAUGGUGUUUCUUACAAUAGGUGUGCUGUUGAUAGUACUUUUAUUUACUUAUGAAUACAGUACAGUAGUACAGUAUCAUCUUGAAUGGUGAUCAUCAGUGAUAUUGUGGCCUGUUCUGAUUCUAUUUGUAUUUGAAUGUCUCUGUUUCACAGGGAGCUGAUGGAGUGAGAGGUCUGAAGGGGAGUAAAGGAGAAAAGGUGAGAAAAUAGUCAUUUUUACAGUAAUUCUGCUGUAAAGCUAGAAGAAUAGACGUGAUUACUCACAGUCACAGUACCAGUUGUCUCACUGUCAGAUACUGUAAAGGUAUCGCAUUUCUACUUCAUGGUUUAUUAUUACUUCAUAGUUUAUUAUGACAUCCCCCAUAGAGAUUUAAUAGAUCAGACAUCUGCCAGAUCUCAGUACUGUGAUUAAUGAAUCAUCAUGAAUCAUUAGAAAUCACAGUCUCCUUCUCCUCUUCACAUCGCAGGGUGAAGAUGGCUUCCCCGGGUUCAAAGGUGACAUGGGCCUCAAGGGAGACAGGGUGAGAGUGUUCCCACGCCAGACUAACACACGCCUCAGACCAAAGCUGUCUCUCAUUAUGAACGAAUAAGAUGGAGAUCUCAGUUAGUCUGACCUGCUUUUCUGUCUGCUUCUCUCUCUUCUCUCCCUCUCUCACUCUCUCUCUCUCUCUCUCUCUCUCUCUCUCUCUCUCUCUCUCUCUCUCUCUCUCUCUCUCUCUCUCUCUCUCUCACGCUCUCUGCCUCUCCCUAUCUCUCUCUCUGUGCUGUGUGUGUGUGUAUGUGUGUGUGUAGGGUGAUAACGGGGUCACAGGAGGUCGUGGAGAGGAUGGGCCAGAGGGGCCUAAAGGUCAGUCGGGACCCCUAGGAGAGGCUGGAGGUGCUGGCAUAGCUGGAGAGAAGGUACAGGAACAUUAUUUCACAAGUCUAACAUUUACUGUAUGUGUGUCAUGUUAUGCAAUAUGUAUGAGUUAUUGGGAUUAUGCAGAAGUAUGGAUAUAUGCGUGUUCAGUGUAAUCACAUGAACACCCUGCUAAACCAUGUCAUACAGUAUUUGCAUGCAUUAUGCUCUCUUUAUUUUUGGCAGUGUUGCCAAGUCAACCAUGAUUCCACUCCUCUUUCUCUGUUAAUCUCUCUCUCUCUCUCUCUCUCUCUCUCUCUCUCUCUCUCUCUCUGUCUCUCUCUCUCUCUCUCGCUCGCUCUCUCGCUCUCUCUGUCUCUGUCUCUCUGUCUUUCCCUCGCUCUCUCUCUGUCUCUCCUUCCUCAGGGUAAACUGGGUGUCCCAGGGUUGCCAGGAUACCCAG